CGCGGUUCUUUUACCUACACGACUACAUUCCAAAGGAGGUAUGCGAUGCGGUUCAAGGCGUCAAUAAAUAACAUAACGACUUUUACGAAACUCACGGCAUCGUUAAAUUCACUCGGCCCGCUCGCAUGGCUCAAGCUUGGUGAUGAUAAAGUAUGCUUUACGAUCAUUCCGGAGCAGGGCACACAAGUGUGGGCUGUUCUUGCUAUUGACGCCAUUUUCAGCACCUAUAUGGUUCAAUCCGCUGCGAACAAUAUCAUCAAUCUUGAAGUUCCGCUUGGUCCACUCAAUCGCGCCCUCAGGUCCGCUCUCAACGCCACCUCGGCACAGAUCCGCCUGACCAAAAAAGCCGACAACAUGCCUUUGCUAGCCCUCACAGUUGUCAAUCCUUCAUCUUCAAGCUCGAUCUCGGCCAUUCCCACGCGCUCAGUCGACGACGACGAGUUCGGUUCAUUUCUGGAUGAGGAUCACGCUAGCGCCACCAAUCGUGAUACAAUCAUCACGCAGGAAAUACCUGUUAGAGUGCUUGCUCCCGACAUUGUGGCUGGUCUACACGAACCACAGUGCCGGGAACCCGACGUACAUAUCAUUUUCCCACCACUGAUGCAGCUAAAGAGUAUCAGCGAUAGAUUCACCAAACUGGCCCUGGCGGGAGCUUCCGGCAUGUCCGCGCGAACGCGACUAGAGAUGGCUGCGAAUAUGCACGGCUGCUUACGGAUGAGCAUCAAAACUGAUGCCAUGAACAUAUCUUCCGUGUGGACUGAUCUGAGCAACCCAGAAUUAGAUCCGAAUCAAGUGGCAGGUGGCGAGAUAGGCUUAGCAGAGCACCCAAGUACACGCAUGAAGCUAUUGGGAAGCGCGGAUGGUCAGAGUGAAGAAGGGUGGGCGUCAGUCAGGAUCGAUGGAAAAGACUGGGGAAAGGUGAUGAGCGUGGGAAGGCUAGGAGGAAGAGUCAUUGCAUGUUUCUGUCAUGAGCACGCUUUGAUUCUUUAUGUUUAUCUUCCAAGCGAAAGAGACGAAGAUGAGUCGGUUCUCACCGUAAGUUCGAACACAUCAGUUGAUCUUCGGGGGACUCACACUGAAUCUUCAUAGUAUUACAUUAGCUCAUACAGCGCUUGAGCCAAGAUUCGCCCACACAUACAAUUACUUAUAAUUGACGCGUUUGCGUUUCUGUGUCGCGUCGAAUGCGAUCAAGCACUUCAAGCUCUCAAACGUAUUCAUGAACUGCAUGCAUGCGAACCAGGUUUCCUGCACACAUCCUCCUUUGUGUCACAUGAUAUCCGAUGUUACAUUCACAACAGCCAUACCCCAGGUAUUCUAAUUGAGGCGCAAUCAUGCGAGGUUGCAAUACACUUCCAACUUCCUAUAUGUCUCAUGUCCCAUGUAAUUUCGCCCCCAACCACCACAAUCAAAAACUUCUCCACUUUCUAGUAGAAUUUUAUCAUGUUAGCCCCCAAUAUGCAGCGGCCUGCCAACCAAAUAUGGCAGUGAUUGUGCGGUCGGGUGCAAAUAUGGUCGACUUCGCCUCUCCGCGUUCAAUCCCAAGAAACGGAGCAGAAAAUUUAUUGUGCGGGCUCAUGAAGUCCGUCCGCUAUAUCGAGAACGCUCAUUUACAGGCAGCCGCUCGUCAACACUCACCUCGAGGUUAGAGAUGAUACGUAUCACUUCCUGGCUCCCCAAUCACCGAGAUAAAAUUAUCCACUCACCAAUCAAGGCAACUACACACGUACCUCAAUUUAAUAAUACUCCCCCC